UUCGAUAAAGACGUGCAGAUAUUCAUUAUCAAUUUUUAAACAACUACCCUCAUGUUGUCCAAAUGUGUUACGUGCAACAAGAAUAUUACCAAAAAAACUCCGGGACUCGAGUGUAACAAGUGUGAGAAGGCUGUUCACGGUACCACACAAUGUGCAAAUUUGACCGCCAAGCAGCUUGCAGCACUACGUUCAGCAGAGAGCCUGGAAUGGACCUGUCAAGAUUGCCUCAAAAACUUUUCCAAAAGAGCAUCAUUAAUCAACGCUGAAACGGAUUCAGAUGAUGAAGAAGAUUUAGAAGGGUUGCUAGAAAAACCAAUAUUUAAAAAAUUACUCAAGGGUGUGGAAAAAACUAUCCAAAAAGAGAUGAAAACAAUUACAGGAACGCUGGACUUUUUUAGUGAAAAAAUUGAUGAAUUUAAUGAAUGUUUACAAGCCUGCGUUGCAAAAAUGAAAGAUUUGGAGAAGAAAAAUGCUCACUUAAUCAACCAAAAUGUUAAUCUGGAGACAAGAUUAAAUGCUGUUGAACAACGAGUGCAAGAACUAGAACAAAAGCAGCUGUCGAACCACAUAGAAAUAUCAGGAAUAGCAUACACUGAAAAAGUAGAACCAGUUUCUAUCGCGAAAGCAGUGGCAAAACAGCUAGAGGUUCCAGAAGUGUCUGUGAAGGCAGCUCGUCGCACGAAUUUAAGAGCAGACAAAGUAGGAGUAUUGCUUGUUGAACUACAAGAAGAAAAGCGGGCACAGUGGUUGAAUAAGGCAAAAGAGAAAAAAUUAACAGUACAAGAUUUGCAAUCUACUGUAGCAGUUGUAGGAGACCCUAAGGAUAAAAUUUAUAUUAGGGAAGCUUUGACGGCGUAUAAUAAGUGGCUGAUGUGGAAAGUGAAGGCAGAGUUAAAAGAAAGCUUCAAAUUCAUUUGGUGCAAGGACGGGCUAAUUAAGGUACGAAAAGACGAAAAAUCUAAAAUAUUAAUAGUCCGAAACGAAAGUGACAUUAAAAAACUCAUAUCUUAACAACCUUUAUUGUACCUACUUAUUCA